GAGAAGAUGUUGAUCGCCCGAUUAUUAAAUUUGUUCUGUAUCCUGGGCUUUGUGGUUGCACUACAGGAUCUACAAAAUUCUACAAGCACUGUCACUACGAGUACAAGCGCUGCCAAGUAUUGUCAGCUAAGUGGGGGAUAUUGUCGAAUGCAUAUGGACUGCUGCUCAAGAAGGUGUAUGCAAGUGCCUGCAGAAUGUCGUUAACUCGGAGUACAUGACUCUCAAUUCUUUACGAAUUUAAAUAAAAAGUACAUUUUAUUAUAAA